AUGGGCAUCGACCGCCCCAUCCAUUCCGCCACCUCCGGCCACGCCGGUGACCUCAUCGGCCUCAAGAAGUCACUUGUGUUCAACCGCGGCAGUGCUGGCAAGGGCACCUGGACGGAGUGGAUGAAGCAUGAGUUCCACCUCCCGCCGCGCGCCGAGAGCACCCACACUUCGCCCAGCGAGCAAGAGCCCGGGGAGUCUAGCUCCGUCACCGGCAGCCUCGAGUCGGACACCGGGGACGAGUACACGAACGACCUGCCACAGCCCCCGCUGCAAGCUCCGGCGGUGAUAGACGACUACGACUACGGCUACGGCUACGGCCAGCAGCAGCAGCUUCAGCAGGCCCAGUGGAACAGCCACGCGCUGCAUGCAGCGGCCACGGCGCCGCUGCCGUCACCGACGAUGGCCGCGUUCCACCACAGAGUGCUCAGUAGCCCUGCUGCCGGUGGGCUAGACGACAUGUACUACAAAGAUGGGUCCAGCUGGGACGACAUUGGCAGGAUGGUGAUGGAGCUGACGGACCCCAGCCCCAGUGUGUUCUCCAUCUAUGACACUAGAUCAUAUGCCUAG